AUGAGCGAGAAAGAAAAAGAACAGCACGCUGACACCAAGGAGGAGAUCCCUGAAGCACCAACUGCUGAUGAUAUCUCAAAGCUUGUUGCACCGGGCGUGAAGAAGGCCGAGCUCGCCAAGUUGAACUCCAGCAAAUGGAACAUCUAUGCUAUUUUGGCUGGUAUCCUCAAGACCGUUAGCAGCAUUCUGCAGUCCAUCAUGUUUCCAACCUUCUCCAAACUUUCCGAUCUAAUUGGCAGAAUUGAAGCAUUCGUGUUAGCUCUUAUUCUGUAUAUCAUCUCAUAUAUCGUACAAGCGAAUUCCAACAAUUAUGGAACUUUUGUGGGUGGCCAAAUUCUGAAUGCUUUUGGCGACACUGGCAUUACGAUCCUAAUCCCUAUCAUCACUGGAGACAUGACCAAUAUCCGCAAUCGAGGUUUCUACCAUGGUGUUCUUCAGCUUCCAACCAUCAUCAACAUGUUCUGCACUUCGUUGGCUGUCGAUAGUCUUCUCUACACUGGUGAAUACCCGGGACAAUGGCGUUGGGGUUAUGGCAUGGUCCCUCUCAUCAUCUUCUUCUGCUCGCUUCCUAUUUUGGUCGGACUUUGGUACCCCCAGAUGAAGGCUCGGAAAAGUGGCAAGCUUGCAGAAUACCGUGAAGAGCGUCGUCGCAUCAUUGGCAAGCGCACUUUCUGGCAGACACUCAAAUUCUUUGGCACCGAGCUGGAUUUUGUUGGAUGCAUCUUGCUCGUUGGUGGUCUGUGUAUGAUUCUUCUUCCCUUCCAACUGGAGUCAACGUGGGGCGGCUGGACCGAUUCACGUACAUUGGGUUGUUUGAUUGGCGGCUUCUUCACUUGGAUUGCUUUGUUCUAUUGGGAGCUCAAGGUCGCCACAAAACCAGUUUUGCCCGUCGGCAAAUGGCCCAACAAGACUGCAUUGCUUGGUGUUGCUGCUGUAUCAGCUAACACCAUUGGCUCGUCGACAAACGGUCUUUACCUCCGAACAUAUCUCCAAAUCACUCGUAAAGUCACUGCUGGUAGAGCUGCACGGUUGGUUAUCGGUUUCCCUGUUGCUGCCAUCACUUUGCAGGCCUUCGUCGGUUAUAUGAUGAUGAGAACCCGUAUCUGGCGCCCAUACAUGUGGACUGGUAUUUGCAUUUUGAUUAUCGCUCUUGGUCUCAUGACCCAAGCCCGUCAACCCCACUCGUCGGACGUUUUCCUUGUUGUUUCCCAGGUCAUUGCUGGCAUUGGCACUGGUUUCAUGGAAGUACCCUUUAUUGUGGCCGUUCAAUCGUCUGUCCCUCACGAAGAUCUUGCAAUGAUCACCGCUUUCUACCAGAUUGGUCAAUCUAUUACUAGCAGUGUUGGUUCUACUAUCGCUGGCGCUAUCUGGAACCAACUGCUGCCUCAAGAAUUCGAAAAGCACAUUCCCGGUGAAUUCAACACCAAGGAAAUUUUGGCCAGCAUUACCUACGCUCAAAGUCUUCCCGAUGAUCAAUAUGCAGGUCUCCAGGAGGCAUAUGGAAAUGUGCAACGCAAACAAACCAUCAUCCAUCUCUGUAUGGCUAUCCUGACUCUGUUCUUGACUUUCCCUAUGAAGUCGUUUGGCUUGCGAAACAGCAAGCGAUUCGAAGAAGAUCCCGACGAUAGCAAACUGGAUGAAGUCAGCACCAAGAUCGGUAGCGAAAGUGAAAUGGACAAGAAGAUCGCUGACGACUCAUCGCCUGAACACGAUAUCAAGCCCACUUACCUUCAGCGAUUCAAGAAAUACGUUCUUUCUUAA